UUUCAACCCGCGUGGUCCAUAUUUCCUGUUCCUGGCGAGUCGACUGCAUUGGGAUUAAGAUUGACCUUGUUUAUCGCACUUUUCGUCUGUGAGGGGGUGUUGAGUACCUGCCUAAGUCUCUGUCGCUAAUCAAGCGUCCAGGCUGAGCAUCGACACGAGUCAAAUCUUCCUACCUUUUCAAUCCUUCUCUCUGCUCAUUUCUAUUCUUGGCUUUCCCUCGCUCUCUCUCUCUUUUCUCUCUUGUCUUUCUCUCUCUCUCUCUUCUUCAUCUCUCGUGCUUCGUCUUUCCUUCUCACCACUCGUCACAUUUCCCAGUCAUUCGUUUAUUUAUUUAUUGAUUUUUCACUUUCCCUUCUCCACCACUCCUGUGGAUCCGGGCUUGGACCAUCUUGUUUUUUCUUCUUUCACUUUCUCGUCCUUUUAAGGCUGGUGACCUUUUAUCAUCUCAACCGGUCCCUUCGAAAGCUGGACGCGUUGCGAUUGUUCCGCUGUCAUCCAUAACCGACUCGAGGUUUACCACCCAACGCACUGACAACUCAACCUGUGAAAGAUUUUGCAACGCCAUGAGCGAUUCUUUCCGCCAAUUCGACUACUGAACCGUCCUUGAAUUCGCGAUUGAUUGUGGUGGGCCUUCCGGUGGUCACGAACCGUAUAUCGAGAGCACUGCUUGACGAGCCACCCGCUGGAUAGGGUCGACGAGGCCCAUCAUGGCCAAAUGCUUUUCGCUGUCCGGGUCGAAACAAUGUCCGGCCUUCAAAUCGUCCUCCAUAUCGACCGACUCCCGUAUCCACACUGAUUUUCCAUUUAUGAAAGACGUGACUAGCCUCUCCGACUUUGAUAAAGCGCUGGACGACUUCGUUCUGGGGUCAUACGUCCGGUCAAAAUAUGUCAACUACCUAGGAUGUGAGGGGGCCAAUCUCACUGACACGGACGAAUUCUACGCCCAGUAUACCACCAGUUCCAUCUGCAGUGGGCUGGUCCAGAGCUCCAGGGAGGACUGCGACCUGUCGGAUGAACAAUCCCGUCCGCUCUGCGCUGACACUUGCGCCUCCAUGGCGACGAGUGAAGGCAGGAUCCUCACAUCCGAACGUUGUCCCAAGAAGGCGAAGAACUACUUGGACCAGAUCCGUUCCGAUUUUACCGUGUGCGCCCUACCCGCCGACUCCUUGACGGUCGGCUGUAUCCAAGGAGCCGACAACGAACCGAAAGAAUGCGGCUUCCGCUCCAACCUGGUCGGCCUGUGUGAUUAUUGCAGAUCGAGCUCGCCAAAUUCGACUGACUCAUGCUGUGUCAACGCGGACGCCGGAACGCGAUGCCGAGACGUCACGCUCCCUUCGGCCAGCACCCUGCCCCCGCUGUUCACCACGACCUCCGAUGCUUCCGCCGACGACGCGCACCGUGGCUUAUCGGGAGGAGAGAUCGCCGGGGUUGUGAUUGGCGCCGUCGCGGCAUUCGCCCUCAUCGCCGCCCUGGCCGUGUUAUUUCUGGUCUACUGGCGACGAAAGCGUCGCUUGAGCCUCGACAGUGGAUUGAACCAGCCGAACCCCCAGCGGAAGGGCUCGCCUUCGAUGCAGCAGCAGGGAAGUCCCCGAGGUUUCGCUGCGAUUCCUGGUGGACGAGUCACACGCAUGUCCGCGCUGCGGGAAGUUCCUGGAUCCGCACGCUCCCGGGCCUCGGCCUUUUUUGGUGGCAAGUAUCAUAGCGAUACUUCGGACUCGGAAGGCUAUGGGGCGAGUCCCGGGGCCAUGUCUAAGAGUAUCCCCCCCACUGCCGGAAAGCGGUUGGGAUCCCUGUCCAGCAACUCGGUCCUGGCCGGCGUAGGCAGCGACACCACGUCGCCUCGUUCAGGGACGGCGGGGAAUUACUCGUCCCCCGAAGCAUUGUCGAGCGGACAAUCAGAGCAGCUCUCGUCCUUCCAGGACUAUUACUCACAAGAUGACAUGUGCCCGGGUGAUAGGGUCGCGGUCUUGUGGGCAUAUCAACCCCGAGCGGACGACGAGUUCGCGCUGGACCGCGGUGAGAUGUUGAAGGUGAUCGGUAUCUGGGAUGAUGGCUGGGCCACGGGGAUUCGCGUCCCCGAAACUGCGGAGGAUUACGACAUCCGACAUCGCGAACAACGGGAUAGCGGCGUGUCCAAUGGCUCUCAGAGGCCCCUGACUUCCCCGGCGCCAAUUGGGGGUAUCAAAGCGUUCCCCUUGGUCUGUGUGUGCCUUCCACAGCAUUGGAGAAAGAUCAUCGACGGUGGACAGGGUGACGAUGUCGUGUGAGCUGUGCUGCCCAUCCCCACGACAUCACCUGUGGUUAGAUGACAGUUUAUGCCAUGAUGACAGCGCCUUUACCCUUUUCGAUUCGAGUUCACGAAGUUGGUUCUUUGUGCGCCCAUAAUCAACACCGAAAUCCGCGAGCAUGCUUGGAACAUCCGGAUUUCCCUACUCUUUUACCCUCAUUCGUCUUUCUAUACGACCACGCAGGUGAUACCGGACUGGUCUUCUCAUCUUGUGUGGUGUUACCGUUGCCGACCCGUCUUUGAUAAAAAGCUGGUUUGAUAUGUUUUAAGAUUUUAGCGUUUAUAUACCCCAUGUUCGAGCGCUUCGUCAGCUCGUCAGUUCUUGGACUGCGGUCCGUUUGUUUUUUUCUUUCUUUCAUCCAUGAGCGACAUCUACCUACAAUGUGGUUUAACGGAGGAUACGUUCCCUACUGCAAGGUUGCAGGGUAGUUGUGAUUGAUGCCAUGGGUGGUGGUCUCUGCUUGGGCUAGUUGAUUCGACACCAUGCAGGGGCCACUUUGGUACAUAUCGAUGUAUGUAAUCCAUAUCUAUAUCUUACUUUCAAUAAAUAUCUGAAACCGCC